AUGCCCAGCGACAUCCGCCUCCACCCGUCCUCCCCGCCCCCUCCAUCCCCCUCCAGUCCGACAAACCGCAGCCUCCCCCCGAUCUCUCCGAAAGGCAGAGAACGGCCUCUCCCGCCACCUCCCAUACCCUCAAAGGACUCAGUGGUCGUCCGCGCCGCGUCACCUGGGCCCAGCAUAAUAUCAUCGAGGAGGCUUGCCAAGUCACCCGAGGCAGGGCCAUCGCGGUUUCGUCCUCUCUCCCUCACAUCGCCGUCUUUCGCCUCGCGCCGUGCUCUCAGCCGCGUCUUCAAGCAGCCCCGCGUCCUCGCUUCUCUGCUCGACGUCUCGAGCUGGGGAGACAUACAUGCGCUCAUCAGUACGUGCCGGGAGCUCAGACACGGCUUGCUGCGCAAUCCCGAAUGCAGAGAGGCGCUGCUUUCGUUCUACGUCCCCGGAUACAGCGUCGCUGUGCAAUCUGCAGACAUGACGCAGGUCCGCGAGGUCAAGGUCGACUUCCAUGACCUCACACUCCUCGUCCAAUCGCAGUUCGUUCCGCUGCACAAGUACCCGAUGCUCUCCCUGUCCAUCCUCAGCCGCUUGUCGCAGAAUGCAGACCAGUUCGAGCUCUACCGGGCCACGGAGCGAUACGUCGCGCUCACCCAGGCUCACUCCCGCUUGGUGCUGUUCUUGCAGGCACUGGCGCCGAAGCGGCGCUUCACGUCAACGACGUUCUCCAGCGAGUCAAGCCUCCUCAGCCCGCCGAGUAGCAGGAGCCAGACGGAGCCGUCCGCGUCGGGGGACAGCUCGUUCUCGCCCCGCGCGAGCUCUAGGGAGUCAAGACCGCUGCCCCCUCCGCCGCCUACCGUUGCAGUCCCGAGAGGGACAUCACCGCAUGACCUCUACCUCGCGACGUCGCGCACCCGCGCGCCUGUCCUCCGCACGUUCGUGCCGUGUACUGUCCUUGACGACAACGCGGUCGCGGCGUGCGAGGAACAGCUCGUAGACGCGGGCCUGUGGGAGCACCUCUCCGUCGGGGACGUCGUCUGCAACUUCGGGUACGUUCCACCCGUCACAGAGCACGCGGACGGGGACGGCGAUGGAGAGCCGAAGCAGGAGUGGCUCCUCUUCGACGGCGCGGGGCUCGCGCCGUACGCGCCGCCCGCCCCGCCCCCGCUCGAAGACCCGCUCUCGCUGCCGUCGCCGUUCUACUACGCGCACAUCCUCCCGCCGUGGUCCAACCCGCACUACGUCCUCUCCCUCCCCGCGCUCCCGCGCGGCCUCCGGCCCGACGCACAUUCGCGCGCGCUCAGCCACGCGGACGUGCAGCUCACGCUGACCCACGUGCCUGCGCGCGUGCGCAGCCCGCACUCGCCGCAGGGCUACGCGGUCGUGCGCAAGUUCGUGUGGAUCGCGCGGCUGCCGUACGUCGGCCCGGGCACGGACGGCGGCGCGGGGCUCGGGCGGGGCUGGCAGGGCGAGUGGAUGCUCGAGGGCGAGGGCACGCGGGAGGGCCGGCAGAGCCUGCUGGACGCGCUGAGCGACGGCCCGGACGGCUCGGGCCUGACGCGGAGUGGCAAGUGGGAGGUCGUCCGGGACAAGUCGGGCAACGGACGGCUGUGGAUGAAGUCGUUGAUCCCGAACGUCGACGAGGCGAGCGAGUCGGCGGGCUCGUGCGACGGCGACCGGAUAUCUGUGACGCACUGA